GCUUAUUUUGAGCUUUCGGUUAUGAUGUAUACCUUAUUAUCUAUUAUGCAGGAACCCAGGCCUUCUAACUCUCAACUACAACUCUUUGUUUGGACAAGAAAUGGCUACCAAUGGCAAUGUAAGUAUCAAGAUUGAGGAUGAUGAUGAAGUUGAAGUGGGAGGUGUAGCUGAUUCCUUGUGGUCGAAGACAAAUGAGGAGUUUUUUAUUGACAUUAUGGAGGAGGAGGUGAAAACAAUGGGUAGUAGAGAUACUGGGACUUUUCAAGAAAAAAGUUGGGCUAGGAUAAGGAAGAGUCUUUCCGCUAAACCUAAACACGAAUACUCUGAACUUCAAAUAAAAAACAAGUUCAACCAACUACGCACUAUGCACACCAAAUUUAAGAGCCUUUGUGACCAAAGUGGCAUUGGGUGGUGUGCGAAAAAAGGUACUGUUGCUGCUGAUGAUACCCUAUGGGAGAAGCUCUAUAAGGUAAUGGAAGUAUCUAACACUCAAAACGAUGUCGUUGCUGACUCAGAUAACAUGGUCUUUGAAGAAGGCAAAUCAUUAGAGUCUGUCAACAAUAUAUGCAAGUCUACCGGCCAUGUACAUGACUAUGAAAGCUCAGACACAAUCUCUCUCAAGUUGGGGUUUCUAAAGCCAUACAAGAGCGAGCGGUACCACUUGUCCUUGUUCCGUGGACGUAGACGAUUACGAAAGAAGAAUGGUUCAAUUAUUGUCACUCGUCCCUUCGCAACGUGAUAGAGCACUGAUUUGGCAUAUUAAAGGCACGAUUUCCUAUCUUGAAACAAAUGCCUAAAGGCUUUAGUGUGCGGACCCAAAAAUAUUUGCCAACCGCUUAUUGCACGGUCCAUAACUUUAUAAGGAUGCAUGACCAAAAUGAUGCGGUGUUCAAAUUCUAUAGCAAGGAAGAUUUGAUUGUUGAGAGUGAGCAAGGCCGUAGGGGCUCUUCUCAACAAAUCAAUGUAACCCCCGAUCAAUUGCGAGAAAUGGCUAGAGUUCGCAAUACUAUUGCCCGCCAAAU